AUGGCGCAGCAGGCUUCCAUCGAACAUUUGGAGGCCAAGCUCCGUGUCAACCUUACUCCAUCGCUCGCGGUGGUCAGGCGGCACCCGCGGUCCUUGCAGCCGCGGGCCUUGGAGCUGGCGCGGGUGCUGGCCGUUCCCGAUCUCGGCACACUGCGCGUGAACGCAUCGAGAAAGCUGAACGCCGGGUUCCGCAAGGCAUGCAGCCUCGCACCGCCCAGUGCUGGGAUGAGGUCCGUGCUCGCCUUCGGCUUGUGGGCCUACGGCGCUGGAGGUGCCCGACCAGAGAUGCGAAACGAGAAGCAAGAGGCCCUCCUGGACAUCAAGGAGGCCGAGUUGCAGGCCGCCAAGGAUGCCGAGCGUGCCGCCCUCAACGCCAAGGCGCCAGCCAAGGCGGGCGCGAAGGCGAAGGCGGAGGCGAAGGCGGAGGUGAAGCCCGCCGCCGCUGCCGAGAAGGCCGACGCCGCCACGAUGGCGGAGAUCGACGCCGCGCUGGCUGGGAGCGGCAAGGACGCCGCCGCGGCCAAGGCGGGCGCCGUGGAGCGGCUGACGGCCAUGGCGUCCCAGACACCCUUCGUGUUGCCCCGGCUCGAGAAGCUCGUGGCGCUGUUCAAGGACAGCAAGCUGGGGGGUCCAGCCAUCAAGGCGGCCAGCGCUAUCGUGGACGGCGUCAUGCCGAAGGGCCACGGCGUGGCGGCCGUGGCGGUGCCUGUGUUGCUCGCUGGCAUGGAGAGCAAGGAGUGGAAGAUCAAGGCCGGCUGCAUCGAGGUGAUGCUCCCGUGCAUCCGCCAGAUGGACGAGACCACCCCCGCGCAGUUGGCGCAGUGCUUGCCGCUGAUCGUGCCGCGGCUCGCCGAGUGCGCGCUGGAGGUGCGCGCGGAGGUGCGCACGGCGACGACCAGCGUGCUGCGAGACAUCGGA